AUGACUUCUACACUUGAACUUCCCCCAAGAAAAUUGAAAAGUGACAAACAGGCACUAACCAUUUUGAGAAGCCAAACCUCUGCAGAAAUUCUUGUUCAAAUGGGAUUUCCAAAAAAUAGAGUGGAAAAGGCAUUGGCAGCCACUGGAGAUAAAGGUAUACAGCUGGCAUCUGAUUGGUUGCUAGCACACGUUAAUGAUCCCAAACUUGACGAUGAUACACCAAGAGAUUAUAUCUUAUAUUUGUGCCCUGUUGGUCAGCUACAUCAAAAGUUUCUCAAUUUCUGGCAGAGCUCAUAUCAAGAAUGUGGAUGGAAUAAUGCACUUUCUUAUUUCCCACAUAUGACCCUUAGCUCUUUUUUCCAAGCAGAUGAUAGGCUAGUUUCUCAUUUGUCACAUGUGCUUAAGAUGGUCACAGAGAAAAUUGAAGAUCCCCCUGAAAAAAUGGACUUUGAUGUGUUUACUUCUAACAAAUAUAUCGGUCUUUUUGCUCGAGAAAACCAUGAGACAUUUCUUAAAAACGUCACCAGCAAAUUUGCUGAGGAGAUGAAGAAAGCAGGCAUUGAGGUGGAAGUGCACAAAAAACAACUGCACAUCAGCAUGGCUUACCAUUUUGCUGUAGAAAAAAAAGACAAAUUAGAUGCCCUGUUAAGUGAAAUUGAUCUAAACACACCUGCUAGAUGGGAUCUCAGAAUAUAUUCAAGAAAAAUCACAAAACCGAUACGCACUGGUGACAUUUGGAAUCUAAUAUAUGCUGAUGGUAUCGUUUUAACAGUCGCAAUUAUAUACCCGUACUCGAACACUGCUGCAUCAGAUGAGUUGGAUUUGAACCCUGGAGAUUACUUGUUUGUGAAAGGAUCAGAUUUGGAAAGCAGCGAUGAUGGUUGGUGUGAAGGCGUAUCCUGGAUGACUGGAUGUUCAGGCAUGUUUCCAAUCAUUUACACUGAACGAACAGCUGAAACAGAAACAUGGACAAUGCACAUGUGCGUAAACGUUUAUAAUAAAUAUAUUCCCACUCAAUUUUGGACUGUCUUUUGGUUAUUCCAGAACAAAUUUCUUGAUCGUAGUGGUAGUGGGAUCUCAAGCCGCAUCAAUAUAGAAGCAAGGGGAUGCCAUUUAUUCCAGGCUGCACGUAUGGGUGCUCGACCGGCAGCUUCAGCUCUUCCAUUGUUUGUUGCAAAACAUGGGGAGAGCAUCGAGUCAACAUUUGGUAGGGAUUGGAUAGACAACAGUUUCGAUCAGUCAGGGAUAUAUACUCGUUAUGAUCUGAACAUGCCUAAGCUUAUGCCAACAAGAAGCAGUGGACACCAAGAGUUUAAGAAGGACUCGCCACUUACCGUUCAAGGAUGUUUUCAAGCUAGGUUACUAGGUGAAGCACUCAGAGAUAAGAGAAUUCGACCAGUGCACAUUUAUACGUCACCUGCUUUGAAGUGUAUUGAAUCUGCUGUUUAUUUGCUAGAAGGUUGUCAGACGUCAUCAUCUUCGUUAAACAACACACUGACCAUAAAAGUUGAACCUGGAUUGUUUGAUUGGUUGGGUUUCUAUCCUGGUGGUCUCCCGAAAUUCAUGUCAUUUGAUGAGUUGGUUAGUAAUGGAUACAGAGUAGAUGAUAGUCACGUGACUGUUGUGCCAACCAAUAAGUUAAUGUGCGAGGAAACUGUUGAUCAUUUUUAUGAAAGAUGCUAUGUUGUCACUAAAGAAUUGUUAAAGAGGCAUGAAAAUGAAGGAGGAAUCAUUCUCUUCAUAUCGCAUGGAGGAAAUUUAGAUUCUUGCACCAGAAAGUUAAUUGGCCAAUCUAAAAGGAGUCUUUCAGGGUUUCAAGAAAUUUCAAGAAAAGUGCCAUAUGGUGCAGUCUGUGUAGUUCAAGAGGCAACAGUUGUCCUUGAUACGUGGUACUUAAUUGAACCUCCUGUUUUGCCUUUUGCUCACUCCAAUAAUCCAAAAUACAAUUGGACUUCAUUGACUAUUCCAAGUUUAAUUUAA